UUGCGACACACUCACAAGCAGUCCAGUUUGCCAACAUUCUCGUGUUGCGUCGGCAGGCUGGCCGAGAGUGUUGUGCUUUCUUUUGUUAUCAUCGUCAUAUUACAUUGUCUCAUUUUUGGCUCAAUUCACACGAGGGCAGGUGCUGAUUUUAUUUUCAUAAUAGCCCAAUUGAAAUCUGCUCCUCAGGAUCUUUACCCUCAAAGGUCGGCUCCACCAGAAGACGACGGCGGAUUCUUUUUUGACCAACUGUCGAUUUGGCUUUACUGGAAGAUUCAUGUUGAAGCAAUCGCCUUCGAUUCCGGUCAUGUCAUGUGGCGGACAUCAUCGGAGCGAGCAUGGCAAAAAGAGUAUUUUGAUGACUUGCUCAGUUUAAUGAAUAGAGUCGAUACGGCGACUAAAUUCACUAUGGAGUUAGAAAAAGAGAAUUAUUCACCCUUUUUACAUGUCCUAGUUGGCAAAGCAGCCAGCAAACUGGGCAGAGAUGAAUAUCGGAAGCCAACAAAUGCUUGUCUCCUUCUUAAUUUCUCCUCGAACCACACUUACGGUGAUAUGAAGACCAAGAUGUUGUGGCCUCUGGUAUGGUGGCAGUCUCCUUUCGAUUUGUACGAGUGCGCUGACCUUGUUGUCGUAACAUGGUCUUGUUGUCAGGGCAACCAGAGCUAG